AAUGAAAGAAAAUUAGGGGGGGUUGGAAUGAAAGAAGCGGAGUUGAGAUCAGUUUGGAGUGUAAAAUCGAAGUUUGAAGUCUCCUUUUUCGGCUUGUCCUGGUCGGAGGUGCUCUGCUCCCCCAACCCAACCCAACCCAACCCAAGUUCUAUUUCAAUGAUCUUUCUUUCUUUCUUUCUUUACUUCGCCACAUCAAGUUGUUUGCUGAGUUAGUACAGUACACACUUUAUCCAUUAUUCAUUUCCCUUUCUGCAGCACGCCAAGCCACAGUCUCCUCCUCCCCAGCUCCCCUCCCCUCCCCUCCCCUUAAAAUGGCUUCUCUUUUAGCCGGCAGAAGCAGCAAAAGUAGCAGCCGCGGCAGAGGAAUGAAUGGCUGGAAAGAAGCAACUCACUUCCUUGCUUUUUUCCUUUCUUUCUUUUAACCCAGCACCUGUCUCUGAUUUCACCAUUGACCUCAUCUAGUUUGAUGCAUCAUUUGUGGCAAAAAUCUCCUUUUCAGUUGAAAAACUUUGCCAUACUCGGUGGAAAGAGAGAAGCUUUAGUAAUCUCAACUAUAAUACCUUGAUAGUGGAGUGGAGUGGCUUUGCAAGAUAAGAUUCCAAGUGGUGAAUAAUAAUUCUAAUGGAUUGGAAUCUCAAAACACCUUCCUGGGACUUCACCGAAUUCGCUCAAGACACGCUCCCCAACAUUGGUGGGGUCAGUGGAGUGUCGAGUAGCUUUGGGGGCAAUGACCCGAAGGGGGACUUUUCUGUCGAUUUGAAACUUGGGCAGGUGAGCAACCCAGGGAAUGAACCGGCAGCAGCAAAGUGGAAGGUCGGGAAUAUCGUCUCCAAGAAGGUCUCGUCGCCGCUUGGGUCGAUCAAGAGGCCUCGAGGCAACAACAAUGGUGCUCAGGUAGUCUCUUGCCUCGUUGAUGGCUGUUAUGCUGACCUCAGCAGCUGCAGAGAGUACCACAGGCGGCAUAAGGUGUGUGAGCUCCACUCUAAAACUCCGGAGGUCACAAUUGGUGGCCACAAGCAGAGAUUUUGUCAGCAGUGCAGCAGGUUCCAUUCCAUGGAGGAAUUCGACGAAGGGAAAAGAAGUUGCAGGAAGCGCCUGGAAGGACACAACCGAAGACGCCGGAAGCCUCAGCCUGAUCCCCUGAUCCGUCCUGUGAACUGCCUGUCGAAUUACCAAGGUACCCGCUUAUCACCCUUCUCUAAUUCGCAUGUAUAUCCUUCCGCUGCUUUGGGAGGGAACCCUGCUUGGGUUGGAGUGGACAAUCCAAGUAAUGCAGAAGGUGCCCUUUACAAUCAGCGCCACCAACAGAUGCCGUUCCUGGGGAUCCAGAGCCUACUUCCCGGGUCUUCCUCUGGCAUAUAUAGUGGGGGAGGGGGAAAACAAUUUGCACUCUUGCAAGGCCACCAAACAGCCCCAGAAACCUUAUCAGUUUCCCAGCCAUUCCAUCCUCGGGCGAUUGCCAUAUCAUCAGAGAGUGGAAGUGGGAGUAAUGGCAACAAUAACAUGUUCUGUGAUGGGUUAUUAACUCUGCAAGUCCGAGAUUCGGACUGUGCUCUCUCUCUUCUGUCAUCACCCCAGAUGCAGACACCAGGACUUGGUAUAGCGAAGCCCCUUGGCCCACCACCUCGACUCCUCGGUGGUAAUCUUAGUCAAGGUUUGGUGCCUGUGGACUCCGUUCUCGUCUCCAGCCAUGGUAACGAAACCAACAUUCAGUGCCAUGGAGGAAUAUUCAUGGGACAUAAUGGAUCGCCUGGGGAUGAUCAUGCCCCGCAGACUUUCCCCUUCCAGUGGGAUUAACUACGGCUUCUUCAACCAGUCUGUCUUGUUGAAGACUGAUUCUUGUUUGUCCAGAGCGCACCACAGGUUCAUUGAGGUGAUAUGGUGUGGUUAGAAGACAUAAUCUAUGGUUGUCGACCUCUCCAUCUGUCUCGACAACUUUCAAAUGGAGUCUUUUGUCAUUGGAAUUCCUUAUCGUUAUUUAUUUUUCUUUUACUUUUCAUAUUUUUUUAUUUAUAUUUAUAAAUUAUAAAUGUUCAUAGUCUUUCCAUUUAAGGAACUGGACGCAAAUCAUUCCAUGACUGAAGUAUAUACCUAUAUAUCACCGAGGUCUGGUGGCUUGUUGAUAAAAA